AGCUAGCGGCGGAGGACAAAACGGCCGCGACCUCGGGCAGGGUGGGCAGUGAAGGGCGCUCCGGGACUCUCUUUUUGGGGGCUGUGCCUGCGUGUUCCACGCUCCUUUUCCUGUUUCUUUGGGUCCCUCAGCGGAGCACACGUUGUAAUGGACUGCAAUAACGGAUGUUUGGAAGAAUGUAUCGGAGAAGCAGGAUCAGAUGCGGUCAUGGGGACUUUUAAGGCUAAAGAUCUAAUAAUCACACCAGCCACCACUUUAAAGGAGAAACCAGACCCGACUACUGUGGUGUUUGGAACCGUUUUCACAGAUCACAUGCUGACAAUUGAGUGGUCCUUAGAGUGUGGAUGGGAGAAACCGCAUAUCAAGCCUUUCCAGAACCUGUCGCUACACCCUAGCUCGUCGGCUCUGCACUACGCCGUGGAGUUAUUUGAAGGAAUGAAGGCAUUUCGAGGGGUAGAUAAUAAAAUUCGACUCUUCCGGCCAAACCUCAACAUGGAUAGAAUGCACAAGUCUGCUCGGCGGGCCACUUUGCCGGGGUUUGACAAGGAAGAGCUGAUAAAGUGUAUUCAACAGCUUGUGAAAAUAGAUCAAGAAUGGGUCCCAUAUUCAACAUCUGCGAGUCUGUAUAUCCGUCCCACAUUCAUCGGAACUGAGCCUUCUCUUGGAGUCAAAAAGCCUACCAGAGCCAUGAUCUUCGUGAUCCUGAGCCCAGUGAGAUCUUACUUUUCGGCGGAAACCUUAACUCCCGUGUCCCUGUGGGCUAAUCCGAAGUUUGUAAGAGCCUGGAAAGGUGGGACUGGGGACUGCAAGAUGGGAGGGAAUUAUGGCUCCUCUCUUCUUGCCCAGUGCGAAGCAAUGGACAACGGGUGUCAGCAGGUGCUGUGGCUCCAUGGAGAGGACAAUCAGAUAACGGAGGUUGGAACUAUGAAUCUUUUCCUUUACUGGAUAAAUGAAGAUGGAGAAGAAGAACUGGCAACUCCUCCGCUAGAUGGCAUCAUCCUCCCAGGAGUGACGAGGCAGAGCAUUCUGGACCUGGCUCUCCAAUGGGGUGAAUUUAAGGUGUCGGAGCGGUACCUCACCAUGGGUGACUUGACCACAGCCCUGGAGCAGAACCGAGUGAAGGAGAUGUUCGGCUCCGGCACCGCCUGCGUUGUUUGCCCCGUGUCUGAUAUCCUGUACAAGGGCGAGACCCUACACAUUCCAUCUGUGGAGAAUGGGACUAAGCUUGCAACCCGGUUCUUGGGCAAAUUGAUUGAUAUUCAGUAUGGAAGAGAAGAGAGCGACUGGACAGUUAUCGUAUCCUGAAUGGAAAAUACAGGAUAUUAUCUGUGUGCUAUUGGGACAGACUGUUGCUUUUGAAUUAUGAUAGAUUCUUUGGCUGCCUGUUUUCACUUAUGCAUAAUGUAGUUUAUAUUAUCAGUGUUAGCGGGGUGAUUGUUUUCUCAUGCCAGAGAAAACGAAUUGCAGUCAUCAGAUGCUGCUUUGUAAACUUGGUAGUAGAAGCUUAUCUUCCCUUCCCUUAGAAAGAUGAUCAUGUAAGCCAUAUAGCAUAGACUUCCCCUCAGUAAUCUUAGUGCCUCCCUUAGGACUUCACUCAGAUACAAAAAUGUGUGUGUAUUCUUUAGCAUAAGGUCUGCUCCUCAACCAAAUGAGUUUGUGUGUGUGUGUUUGAAAGCUGAUCUGAGUAAGUUUCUUAGGCAACACUUCUUGUGACACAUUUGCAUCCUCAGAAACUGUUUUCUUUUUUUUAAAUCAAGACUAAAAAAAUGGAUUUCCUCAUGUCACAUUUUUUUCCCAGGCCCUCAAGUCCAUCUUAAGGUCAAUGUCUCCUUUCUUCCUGCUGUCACAAUCUACACUAAGCUCUCCUUGUGCGUCAGCAAGGUCCAUGCACACUUCCACCACGGCCCUUUCCACAUCGUGCUGUGAUUGGCUGCUUGCAGGCUCCACUACCACACUGAGGGUCUUGUGCCUUAGAGAUCUGUGUAUCCCCAAUGCCUGGCACAUGAUAGGUACUCAGUAAAUAAUGAAUAAAUGAAUACUUACCUUCUAUAGAAGUGAACCUCCUUUGUUUCUAUAUUAUGAAACCUCUUUAUUAGAAUAGUGAUUGAUUCUGAGAUUGUGUAUAUUUACCUCAUAUUGUCUUUAUUUUCCGUGGAGUGCUAAGUCAUUAGAGAUACUCAGAGGCAUAGUUCCUUGGAGGAAUUAUUUCAUAUGUAAGACUGUCUUGGGAUUGAAGUUAUAACUCUACAGAGAAGUCAUGAUAUCAUGUCAACCAAAUGGAAAUUACAAAUGCUA